ACCAUCCCCACCACUUCUCCGUUUACAAGCAACAACCUCAUUAAUUUGGAGACACGAAAAACAAAGGAGAAAGAAGCUAGAAAAGAAGAUUGAGAUGGGAAGGGGUAAGAUAGAGAUCAAGAGGAUCGAGAACUCAAGCAACAGGCAAGUCACCUACUCAAAGAGAAAGAAUGGGAUCCUGAAGAAGGCAAAGGAAAUCACUGUUCUAUGUGAUGCUCAGGUUUCCCUAAUCAUCUUUGCUGCUUCUGGGAAGAUGCAUGACUAUAUCAGCCCUUCCACCACGUUAAUUGACAUCCUGGAGAGAUACCACAAGACCUCUGGUAAGAGACUCUGGGAUGCCAAGCAUGAGAACCUAAACAGUGAAAUAGAAAGAAUUAAGAAAGAGAAUGACGGCAUGCAAAUUGAACUCAGGCACUUGAAAGGGGAGGAUAUCAACUCACUUAACUACAAGGAGCUGAUGGGCUUAGAGGAGGCCUUAGAAAAUGGUCUCCAAAGUAUCCGAGAGAAACAGAUGGAAGUGUACAGGAUGUUCAGGAGAAAUGACAAGAUCUUGGAGGAGGAAAACAGGGAACUUAAUUUUAUCCUGCAACAACGCGUGGCAGUGAUGGAAGGUGCAAGGGAGAUGGACGAUGGAUUUGAUCAGGGCGUAAGAGAUUUCAAUUCUCAGAUGCCUUUUGCCUUUCGCGUCCAGCCUAUUCAGCCAAAUCUUCAAGAGAGGAUGUAAAUUGUGGCUUCAAUACUACCGUUUAAAGAACUGUCUUGCCCACAACUUUUGAAUAAAAAAAAGUCUAGUCCUCAUAAUGUUGUAGUUUUUGUAAUGUUGGAGAUUGUUUGCUCUGUA